AAACCAAGCACGCACACGCAAGCAGCGCUUCAGAAAUGGCGGCCGGAGGUGGCAGCGUUUCGCUGCAGUUACCUUGCGUCUUUUCACCAAAAUCACGACAAUACCUGGCAGUGUGUGCCCAGGACGGCAGACUUCGCAUCUGGAACACAGACAGUAAAACGCUUCACCAAGAAUACGUGCCUUCAGCUCAUCUGAGUGCCACUUGUACAUGCAUACAUUGGGGACCAUGCCGGACAGUCAAGGAGGGACCUCAGAGGAAGAAGAGGAAAUCCGAGGCAGGGCAGCUGGAGGAGAAGGCAGACCUGUUGGCAAUGGGCACGGCAGCAGGCACUGUGCUCAUUUACAGUACAGCUAAGGGAGCGCUGCACUGUACCUUGGAUGGAGGCCAUAGUGGAGGAGUGAAUUGUGUCCAUUGGCAUCCUGAAGACAGUUUAUUGUAUAGCGGCUCAGAUGAUACAAAUAUUGUAGAGUGGGACCUGCAGACAGGCAAGACACGGAGUAAAUGGAAGGCAGACCGUGCUGCAGUGACCAGUUUGUGUGUGAGCCCAGAUGGUAAACUGCUGCUUUCUGCUGGACAAACCAUCAAGAUGUGGGACUUGGACACAAAAGAGGUUUACAGGAAAUUCACCGGCCACUCCACAGCUGUGACGACCCUGCGCUUUGCCACAACACGGCCCCCUGACACCAGCGGCCUCUAUUUUCUGUCUGGUGCUGCUCAUGAUCGACUGCUCAGUGUAUGGCAAAUACGUGAAGAUGGAAAGGACAAGAACUCUGUAGUGUCAUUCACACUCACAGACGAACCUCAACAUAUUGAUCUUGUCACAUCUAAAAGCAAGGAAGAGGCGGUACGGCUAGCAGUGGUGUGUAAAGACGGACAGCUGCAUCUUUUUGAGCACUUUCUAAAUGGUCCCUGUAAGAAGCCCCUGUCGCCUUCGUGCACAGUGCAGAUGUCUGACACCCAAGACUCCCCAAUGCCAAUCCCCCUCCUUGCAGCUACCUUGGGUCCUGAUUCACGGACUGUGAUGCUCGCUUACGGCAACUAUCUACAGCCUGUAAUGGAGAGAGUGGAUAUCAACACAGCAGAAAGACACGUCUGUUUGAGCCGCAAUAUUCAGACGGCACUGUCCCUUUCCAUCGCAUCCACUGUUUCUAAGGUGAAAACUCCGAUUGUCAAUGCCAAGAGCAAAGUGCUGGUCCCAGGGCUUCCUGGUCAUCAAGCCCCAGUUAAGGGAACUUCACUGUCAACGGAGAAAAGAAAAAAAGUCUCAGACACUAAAGAGAUGUCAAUUGCAGAACGGCUUGGUGAAAUUGAUCUACAGUCUGCAGCCUCCACUGUGAAAGGAGCUCCAAAGGGGAUGCCCUCUUUACAGACGGACAAUUUUGCAGUGUUGCUGGUGCAGGGCCUUGAGAGCAGUGACGGCAACAUCUUAAAUAAAGUUUUUCAGACACAUAAAGACAUGGUGAUAAAGAAAACAGUUGCCCAGUUACCCCUUACAGCUGUUUUACCACUGGUAGAAGAGAUCACCAGGAGGCUCCAAGGGCACCCAUUUACAGCGGUUCUAAUGGUCCGGUGGCUCAAAGCGGUGCUCAUGCACCACACAUCUUACCUGUCAUCGCUGCCUGACCUGGUUUCCAAACUGGGAGUGCUUUAUCACAUGAUUGAGAGCAGAGUGAAGAUGUUCCACAAGCUGACCAAGCUACAUGGAAAACUGUACCUUCUCGUUACACAGGUGGCGACAACUACCAGCAGCAACAUGGUGUCUGACGUUGACCACACUGCCAGAUUGGUAUAUGAAGAGGAAUCUUCAGAUGAAGACGAGGCCUCUGGGGAUGAAGGGCUUCCUGAUGAAGACUCUGAUAACUGGGAGGAAGCGGUGAUGGACGAUCACAAGGAAAAGCAAAUUGACGAGGAUGAGGAGGAUCCCAAGAGCAGGACAGAUUCCAAAGCAAACGGGGAGGAAGACAUGGAGAACGGAAAUGAGAGUGAAGAAGAAUGAGAAGUCGUACACAAAAUGGACCUGAAAGAGUUAUAUAUGCUUUCAUUUUAUUUUCUUGCCUUUGAUUUUAUUACGAGAACAAGAUGUGGUUUUACAAAAUCAAGGGACGUAUCGGAAUUAGCGAGUUUGGCCUCCGCUUCGCCAGCCGUUCUGCCAUCCACGGUGAACUUGUGCUCCUGGUCUUUGUCAGACUGAGGAAGAGACUCAUCCUGAGGAGGAAUGGGCCAACAGAUUCUGUGACAUUAAGUUUGAGGUGCCAGUUGUAGUCUGUAUCGCAGUUCUCAAUGGCCUGAUGAGGUUGCAUUGAAAAGGACUGAAAAAAUAAGAUUAGGAUUUUUUUUCCAAGUUGGUCUACUUCAAAUGUUCUGUCAUUUAUUCAAUAUACAGUGUUCUUGUUGGCACCUUCUGAUUGGUUGACUAACUACGCCAUGUAGCCUAAAUUGCGCACGGUUCUUGGCUGGGAUGUUGUACAGAAUACUGCUCAUUCCAGAGGCGGACUUGCUCAGUAAGACCAUACAUCAUGUCCCUACACACACUAUGUAAAUUUCUAUGUACAGUGAAGUGUUUGUACGAGCUCUUCCCUCUACAACUAUCUCCCUGAAGUUCUUGGGAUUAAACAAUCUCCUGGAAGUAAAGUCUCCUGAUGGCCUGUGUCAAUAAGGAUGGGAGUAACUUGAAAGCAUCUCACACUAAAGGAAAUUAUUAGAUUUUUGUUUUUAACUUGUGUGUGACUGCCCAUCCACGAGGACCUGAUAUAUAACUGUCAAUGCCACCUUUAUUUAACGACUGAAAAGCUUCAUAACAAAAUUCAUGUUAUCUUUGCAAUUGAUUAUAUUUACAAGAUUGGACACUACCAAAAUUCCAUAAAUGUUGACAGCACUAUGACAUAUUACCGCUGCUGUGCAUGACUUGUGGGCUCCAGAAGUCUAGUUUGUUGAAUUCAGUAGUGUUUCUCACCUUUAUCAAAUGCCAGCACUUGCACCUUCUUUGGCUCCAUUUUGGUUUAUUCUGCAGCCGUGCUCAAAAGAAAAGCAGGGACGUGACAAACGCUACUGAAUUGAAGAAACGACU